AAUAAUUAUAGGAUGAGGUAAACCCUUAAAGACGUCCGCACUGUAAGCUCCGCAACUAUCCAAACCAGGAUAAAUACCUAAACCCUAACCACAAAACUCGCAAAUCUUCUACACCAUCCUCAACAACUCAUCCUCCUCAACGCUUAGUAUCUGUAACACCUGAUCCCUCACUCCUCAGUUAAUUGUAGCUAUAAUACCUGACCCCUUCUUCAUUGCUUGUUCCAGCUCAUUCCUCAUCCCUACAAUCAGAAACAUCGCAACUCUAGUUAUCUAUACUAACAGUUGAUAAAGCAAAUAGUGAAAUAGUGAAAUAGUGAAAUAGUGGUAAAGCAAGUGGUGAAAUAUUGAUCAAAUAGUGGUAAAGCAAGUAACAAGUGGUAAAGUACCAUGCCGGCCUGUAAGAACUGUGGCAGCACACAGGUGGAUGAGGAUGGAGCUCACGGUUACACGAUAUGUAUGGGAUGUGGAAAUGUUCUCGAGGACCAGAUUAUAGUGUCAGAGACCCAGUUUGCUGAGGGAGGAUCCGGCAGGAAACACAUGAUGGGAGCCUUGGUAACGGACGAUGGCAGUAUUAUUGGAGGCAGCGCCUUGCCUAACAAAUUCGGAUGCCACAAGAACUACCAGAGGCGUAUUGUGGAAGAGGCAACACGUGUUAUGCACUGUAUAGCAAACAGACUGAAGUUAGCUCAGCAACACAUCGACAGUGCUGUUAUGUUCUACAAGAUGGCUUUAAGUAAGCGAAUAUUACAAGGAAAGAGGAAGUCGCACGUGUGCGCGGCGUGUUUAUACAUUGUGUGUCGGACGGAACAUACUCCACAUAUUCUACUGGAUUUCAGUGAAAUAAUCAGGGAGAACAUGUUCCAGCUGCUCCGAGUCUACACUCGUCUCUGUAACGCACUGUGUAUCAAGCUCCCUGCAGCUGACCCCUGUCUCUUCAUCAGCCGGUACGCUCAGCGUCUCCAGCUCGGAGAUAAGAGUGACGUUAUCUGUGUCACUGCUAUGAGACUGGUCUCUAGGAUGAAGAGGGACUGGAUGGCUACUGGCAGACGGCCAAGUUCUCUGUGUGGAGCGGCUCUUGUAGUUUCCUGUAGACUUCACAACUGUUCACGUCAGAUCAGCGACAUCGCUAAAAUAGUGAGGAAUGCCACUGCUACUAUAACGAAACGAUUGAAGGAGUUUUCGGAGACUCCCAGUAGUAAACUGAGUAUUGAGGAAUUUGAGAAUGUUGACCUGGGAGAAGAGGAAGAUCCUCCCGCUUUUAAAGCUCUCAAAAUCAAAAACAAAUCCAGAGAGUCUGAUCUAUCUCUGGUGGAACGAGAAGUUUGUCAAUACCAGAAAGAGUUGGAACAGGAGAUUAAAGUCCAGGGUACGGUUAAAGGUGACGAGGGAGCUGAAGUAGACUCCUCUUCUCUUUACAAACCCCCUCCUUUUAUGGAGAAGACUCCUAGCUGUAGCACUUCUGGAGCACAAGGUCAAGGUAUCAGAACAGCCUACGGUGUGAUUCCUAACUACCUGGACGGAGAGGGAGCUGAGAAAAGAGAUGCUAAUCCUCCUAGCGAGAAGGAAACUGUGUCUGCAGCACAGGAUGAAGUGAAGAAGGAGGCUAAAAUUAAACUAGAAAUGGAGGAAACCGGAUUUUCCGAUGUGGAUGACGCUGAGAUUGAAUAUCUAAUAUUAACUCCAAAGGAAAUCGAAAUAAAGAAGAGACGUUGGGCUGAGUCGGAUCUGGAUGAGUUUUUAGAAGAGAAAGAACGGAAGAAAAGGGAGAAGGAGGAAGAAGAGAAGAGAAGGCCUAAACGGAAAUACCGACGAGUACAGCGAGCUCUAAAUGCGAACAAGGGAACUGCUAAAACUCCUGCAGAAGCGAUGGAGAGAAUGAUCAAGGAGAAAAAGCUCUCUACUAAGAUAAAUUAUGACGUGCUGAAGAAGCUAGGUAGUGAAUGUGACGCUACGAUAGAUCGAAUAAGGAGGGAUACGGAAACAGAUACCACCGAUACCAAAAAAGAAAGGUUAGAUAGUGUAGUAUCAGAUAGAACACGACACGACACAGCAGAGUCUCAGGUAGAUGACAGGAUGCUGGUUGAAGAGGACUACGCUGCAGAUCACGAAGAGGAUGAUUACUUCAACUACUCUGAAAACUUAGCCCUGAAUGAUGCUCUCCACGAUUAUUCCGCUGAUGAUCUUGAAGAUGAGUGAGGCAAUUGCUGAAGUUCAGUCCAAAGAUGGGAUUCGUAAACUAAUGAACUUACAAGUUUCACUGUAUAUUGUGAAAAGUGAAUGCAUAUAAAUCGUAAAUUAGUCGUGAUAACAGUAGAGAAACAAUGAUUGACUAACAGCAGCUAAUUGUACGUUUUAUUUGCACAGUUUCUACAUUCUAGAGGAUCAGUUUCAAAUUCGAUGAAAGUACUUUAUUUUCUAAAUUUUUAUCUUGGAUUCAGAAUAUCAUCGGUGUUGGAUUUUAUUGUGAUUCAUGAAAUGUUGUAUACGUGAUUCGUUGUAUUUGUUUAUUUUUAAAACAAGAA